AGCAGGAAGUCAGUUAGAUGUCAGAGAGUCGAAUGCAGCUCAGCUCACCCAGAUACAUGUGUCGGGUGGUGGCCACAGGAGGAAAGCCCAGCAGAAAAGCUGCUAUCUGAGGAAAACAGGAAAACCUUCAUUUAUGAACCCGUUAUUCAUCAGCUGAGUCCAGAGGAAAUACACCAAAGAUGGACGACAUCGAUGCCAUGUUCACUGACAUGCUGGAGGAGAUGGACCUCCUCACGCAGAGCCUGGGGGCCGAAGCCACGGAGCCCACCCCCCCCUCCAAGUCCAGCUCCAGCUCCAGCUUCAACUCCAUGCCGGAAAUGUCCAACUUCUCCAUCGGCUUCACGGAUCUGAACGCGUCGCUAAAUGAACUGGAGGAUAAUGACCUGGACGCUUUGAUGGCCGAUCUGGUGGCCGAUCUCAACGCCACAGAAGAGCUGUUUGCUGCAGAGAAAGGAGGUGUAAAAGAACCCAGACCUCCCCCGGCUGUAACAGUUCCAGCAGUUCACUUCGGCUCUGCUGCCCCCAUUGCCCCUGCUGCCCCUGCUGCCCCAACGCCUUCCAAACCUAAGAAUGACGUGACCUCCUGCUCCCCUGCUGGAAACACCCAAAGCCUGCCACCCCCGCCCCCAGCGAGCACCAGACCAUCUACGGAUGAUCCAGAAGCCCAGAAAGCUGAGAAGAUUAAACUGGCUUUGGAAAAGCUGAAAGAAGCCAAAGUUAAGAAGUUGAUAGUGAAGGUGGAGAUAACGGACGGCAGCUCCAAGACCCUGAUGGUGGACGAGAGGCAGACGGUGAGGGACGUGAUGGACAACCUGUUCGAGAAAACACACUGCGAUGGAAACGUGGACUGGUGCCUGUGUGAGACCAACCCGGAGCUGCAGACAGAGCGUGGCUUUGAGGAUCAUGAGAACCUGGUGGAACCUCUGUCAGCGUGGACCCGAGACAGCGAGAACAAAGUUCUGUUCCACGAGAGAAAAGACAAGUAUGAAGUCUUCAAAAACCCACAGAAUUUCUAUAUGUGGAAGAAGGAUAAGAAGUCACUCAUGGACAUGAAAGACAAAGAUAAGGAGCUACUUCUGGAGGAGAACUUCUGCGGGACUUCUGUAAUCGUUCCUGACCUGGAGGGGAUGAUGUAUCUGAAGGAGGAGGGGAAAAAGUCCUGGAAACAGCGCUACUUCCUGCUGCGGGCCUCUGGAUUGUAUUACUUACCCAAGGGGAAGACCAAGUCAUCCAAGGACAUGGUGUGCCUCGUGCAGUUUGAUAAUAUGAACGUGUACUACUGCAGCGAGUACAAAACCAAGUACAAAGCUCCUACAGACUACUGCUUCAUACUAAAGCACCCUCAGAUCCAGAAGGAGUCUCAAUACAUCAAGUACCUGUGCUGUGACGACAAGUGGACCAUGACCUUGUGGGUAACAGGAAUCCGUAUUGCCAAGUACGGUAAGACGAUGUACGAGAACUACAAGACUGCAGCGAGAAAGGGCUCAUCCCUGUCUGCAGUCUGGACCAGCAUGAACCGCCAGCCGAGUCCAUCAACCUCCAACACAUCCACCCCUUCCCCAACACCUAAAGCCAAAACUGCCAACGGACAUGCAUCUCAGCCCCGCUCAGAGACAGUGCCCAAGGCCCCCAGCAACCAGUCUGCUUUUCCACCACCUCCACCUCCAGCAGAUUUCCUGCCCCCUCCACCCCCAGACCCCACACUUCCUCCACCACCACCUCCUCCACCUGCCCUGCCUGUAAAGAAAGAGUCAAACCCACCUCGCUCCGCCCCUCAGCGCUCGCAGCCCGCCUUCCCUCCUCCUCCACCGGCCAUGGACUUCUCGCUUCCUCCUCCUCCACCUUCCAGCGACGACCUGGAGAUGCCCCCUGACUUCCUGCCUCCACCUCCUCCAGCUCCAGGAGGGUUUAUGGGCGGAGACCUCCUUCCUCCUCCACCUCCAGAGCCCUUCCACGCUCCUCUUCCUCCUCCACCAGCAGCCUUCCAUCCACCGCCAGCUGUCCAUCCACCACCACCAGCCACCGGAGGAGACCUGCCACCACCGCCGCCACCGCCUCCACCUCCUCCUGCUGCAUUCCACCAGACCCCAUCAGUGAGGAAAGUUGGACCCCCGCCUCCAAAGCGGACUACGCCAUCUCUAGCGGCGCCAUCAGGUGGCGAUUUCAUGUCAGAACUGAUGCUAGCCAUGAAUAAAAAACGAGGUGGACAAUGAUGUGGUCAGCUGGACUGGGCGAAGACAAGAGACUUUUAGGGUCGGCUUAGGGUCCGGACAUGGAAAAUCUCCAUUUAAAAUGCUGUGUGGUCCAGAACUGAACUUAAAGGAUAAAUCCAGUGUGAAAAAAACUUGCAUUGUAGUAAAAUAUAAUAAGGAGUAUUAACUUUUGUCAAAUAGCCCAACUUCGUUCACCCCCAGCAUUCUGAAAUACAGCACUUUUAGGGUUAUAAUGCUAGUGAUAGGGGCAUAGAAUUUCCCAUGCAAAGAAAUCACUAUAUUAAGGUACACUGUGUAAAAACGGUGCUUUUUAAUAAACUAUCUGUGCACUUUCACUUUUUCUGGGUCCCUCAUGGUACAUGUCCACGGGCACUUAAGCCUCGACGCAUCCUAUUCAUUUCAAUGGAGAGAGUCGCUGCAUGCAGCGGUUCAUGCUGGGUUGUGUUGCGUUGAACGCAGCCCCGCCCUUCAGCGAAAAAACUUCAGCAAAGCACUUGUAUACUUGAAUCUUGAAUACACGCCAAGAGAUCCUGCACGGCGACGUGUUGAAGAAAAGUGCCAGUGGACAUGUACCAUUGGAAUUCCAUCAAUAAAGUGUGGAGCUACUUUAACCUCGUUAAUGGUGUGAAAAUAGUGGUUCUUUGCACAAGUAAUGCUAUGCCCCUAUCACUUGCAUUGUAAGCCUGUUGGGAGCAUGUUUAAAUAAAACAUAUUAUAAAUAUUUGUACGCAACAUUUUACUGUAAUACCAGCUGUAUAAAGAGUGACAUGCAGUACAUAUAAGCAAUGCUUUGUGGAAAUGGGAUUGAUGUAAAAUACAGAACAAGUAGUGACUGUCAUGGCCUGUCAUGAUAACACUUUUUAUUUGAUGAUAUAUUGAUGAUAUAUUGAUAUAUUGAUGAUAUAUUGUCCCAAGAAUGACUGUGAUAAAACAAUAAAAUUGUAAUUUUAAGACCAUUUUCCACUGAUAUAAUAGUAUACAUGUACUCAACUUCUUUGGUCGAGCAUGGGAGUGGAACCAAUCCUUAAAGUGGGUGCCAGACAGCUUGUAAAAAAUAAAUACAUUUAAAAAUUAAAAAUAAUUAAUGCUCA